GAAUUCUACUGAAUUUUCCAGCGAAUUGAUUAGACCAGCGUAUGGUAAUCUUAUCAGUGAAGCGCUAAGGCUCGAUUUUUCCUGCGGCAGCUAUAUAAGCUGCCUCUGGAUACCAUCCAAAUCAAAUCCGAUUUCACUUCAGCUUAAAGAUGAAAACUGUUUUAGUCCUUCUCCUUGCCUUCUUGGGCUGCAUUUCAGUCGUUUUGGCCGCCUCCUGUGCCGGUGGCUGCGAAAACCCAUGUAAAUUUGGCCGAAAGGACGGCCAAAGUGGAAAGCCAGAUUGCUCCAAAUACAACGGCGAAGGAAAAUUCAGGAAUUUAAACGACCCAGUUCACUACUGGGAAUGUAACGAAAAUACGGCUGUUUCUGUAAGGUGUCCAAAUGGAUUCUUGUACCUAGAGAGCAAAAAAGACUGCGUCUGCUACAACGAAUGGUUCUGGACGCCUGAAUGCGAUCCAGAACACAUGGUCCUCGAUGAUACUUCCUGCGGGGGCAGUGGCUCCGACGGCAGCGCCACCAGCGGCGGAGCAGGUUGUGCUUCCUGUACUUCUUGUAAUAAUUGAUUGCUACUCUAAAAACUACCCUUAUCUUACCAGAAAUUCUACACAGUAAAUGACUUCGCCUAAUCGUAAUUAAAUCGCAUCUACAGUAAACAUGAGUUUUAAUUUAAAGUUUCCCCCAAUGGAGCCAAUAUCCAACUUAUAGUUUCUCCAAAAGUAUCGAGUGCAAAUAACUUCCUGAUAAAAAAUUUUCUCCAUACUUUACUUCUUCCCUUCUUCAAAAAUUAGAACCAAAUAUAACGUGUAAGAGACUAAACCAA